CGUUCACGAGUGUACAAGUUGAACACCUAAUAUUUUGUUUAGAAAGUGAAGCCGAGGAUCAACUUUGUAUGUACCAUUCCACGCGGAAUUUGUAGUUGUUUAACUCACCAGACGUAGCAGUGGUGUAUCUGAUUAUUGCUUGCCAGUCGUAUUGCAAGGAAUACUUCAUUUCAAAGUUCGUUCAAAGUUCGACGUAAAUCUAAAAAUCUUCGCCUUCGUUGAUUGUUCAAUUGUUUACUAUGCCUACUAAGGUCUAUGUCGGUAACCUUCCUGAUAACUGUAAUCCAGAUAAUUUGCGUGGGUUGUUUGGUCCUUAUGGUGAAGUUAAUGAACUUACUGUGAUUAAAAACUUUGCUUUCGUUCAUUUUGCUAGGGAAGAAGACGCUAAUAACGCUGUGCAAGACUUACACAAAUCCAAAAUGUUAGGACAACAGAUUACAGUGGAAAUUUCUAAAAGUAGAUCAAAAGAUAAAAAGGAUAGAUCUAAUGGUGGAGGACGAGAAAAUCACAGAGAAAGUAGACGUGAUAGAAGAGAUGAUCGUCGUGAUAGAGGAAUGAGACGUGGUCCCCAACCGAUAGGAGGACUAAAUGCUCCACUUGGUGGAAUACUUGGAGCUGCACCCGUUGAGCAAAAUAUUCUUGGUGGCUUAGGUAUUUUUUCAGCUGUAAAUACUUUAGCUGCUGCUGCAGCAGCUGAGCAACAAAGUAGACAACAAGAGUUAAACAGGCAAGAUCAUCAAAGAAUAAAUUCUCACAGCCAACCAGACCCUGAUGUUCGGGUAAGAAGAGAAGUUGUACAUUCUAGAGAAGUACCAAAUGCUGGAAAAUUAGGACUUACUGAUGGUUAUGUCAUUUAUGAGAGAUAUUAUGUUGAUUCUAAUCAUCCAUUGUUAAAAGGUCUUCCGAUUCCAGAGCUGCCUCGUAUGACUGAUACAUAUGUUAGUGGUCGUGAUAGUUUUCGCUCAAACCAAAGAGAUGUUUAUGAUGACUUUCGUGAUCGCAGUCCAAUUGCUAAUCGUCGAGAUGACUAUGACCGUGAAAGAGAUCGAUCUCGUGACUAUGGUUAUUAAACAUGAACUGUUAUUUCCUUUAGUUGAAUUCCGUGCUUUAUCGUCUUGAUAAGUUUUAUAUAUAUAUAUAUAGACUACCUAACCAAAUAGCUUUUGGAAUGAAUAAAAUAUUGCUUUGUCUAUUACUUUUUGUUGUAUAGUAUUUUAUAAAUAUACAUUAUAGCCAGAUUUCUCAAGAUUAAUUCCAAAAUCGAUUUUUUUUAUUUUUAUUUAAGACGAUAAAAAUAGUUAAAUUCAAUUCACAAGAAUUAUACUGAGUUGUUUAUUUUCAAAGAUGGCUUUUAAUUUUAAAAUUUUGGAAGUCUUAAUUUUUUCUAAAGGAUUUAAUUCCUACAAAUAAUUAGAUAAGCAUUGAAAUAGCAAUAAAAGAUGCGUCUCUAUUGAUGUUUUUUUCAGUUAAUUAUUUUAGUGCUAUAGUUUUUCUAUACUCGUUUUGUGCAAAAAGGGAAGUGUGCUAACUUAGUUAUUUUGUUAAGUUAAUAAAAAGUAGAAAGUAUCGCUGCCUAAAA